AUGGCUCCAGUUUACAGUAAAUUAGUUUCUAAAAAAACAGUGAUUUCUGCUGCGACAGCUUUAUCUGUUUUAUUAUGGUAUUUAAAAACGAAAAAAUCUAAAAAACGAACCAGGAAACCCCAAGUGGAUAUACAAUAUAUGAUAGGAGAUAAACCGACUCAAAAAAUUAAAGCUCAUGUUGAUAUGACUUUUGUCAGACAAUUGAGACAAUUGCUUAAAAUAACAAUUCCUGGUUUUUUUUCUGCAGAAAGUGCAUUUUUCAUAUUAGUUGCUUUCAGUUUAAUUGCUAGGUCUGCCUGUGAUAUUUGGAUGAUUCAAAAUGGAACAUUAGUGGAAACGGCUAUUAUUAAUAUGGAUACUGAUUUAUUUAAAAAAAGACUUUUCUUUUUUUUCUCAGGAAUGCCAUUGAUAUCAGUAGUUAAUAAUGUUUUAAAAUAUGCUAUAGGAGAACUUAAAUUGAGAUUGAGAACUAAUUUGACAAAGUAUAUGUAUGGUGAAUACCUUAAAGGUUUCACUUAUUACAAAAUGAGCAAUUUGGAUAAUAGAAUCGCUAACCCUGACCAAUUACUAACAGUAGAUGUUGAUAAGUUUUGUGAAACGUUCACAGAUUUAUAUUCAAAUAUUGCAAAACCUAUGCUUGAUAUCUUUAUAUAUGUUUAUCGUCUUACUUCUGGUUUAGGAGGAGAGACUCCUGGAAUAAUGAUGAUGUAUUUAUUGGUUUCUGGAGUAUUGUUAACCUACCUUAGACGACCCACUGGGCGAUUAACCGUUAUUGAACAAAAAUUAGAAGGGGAAUUUAGGUACAUUAAUUCUAGACUUAUAACAAAUUCAGAAGAAAUAGCUUUUUAUCAGGGGAACAACAGAGAAAAAUUAACUAUUCUUGCUGCUUUUAAUAAGUUAACCAACCACCUGAGACGAUUUUUAGAAUUUAAAGUACUUAUUGGAGUGGUGGAUAAUAUCAUUGCCAAAUAUAUUGCAACAGUUGUAGGAUUUUAUGCUGUCAGCAUUCCAUUUUUUAGUAAAACUCACAAGCUUUUAAGUAAUCGUAAAACGGAUGUAAGAUUUAAUUAUUAUUAUACCUAUGGUAGAAUGUUAGUUAAAUUAGCCGAAGCAAUUGGUCGUAUUGUAUUGGCAGGUAGAGAAAUGACAAGAUUAGCUGGUUUUACAGCUCGAGUAACUGAACUCAUUAAAGUUCUUAAAGAUUUAAAUAAUGGACAUUAUGUCAGAACAAUGAUUGAUCAAAAAGUUUUGGAAAAAGAAUCAUUGAUUGAAAAAUCAACAAUGCCCUUGGUUCCUGGAACGGGGAAAGUAGUUUUUCAAGAUAACAUUAUACGUUUCCAUAAGGUACCUUUAGUGACCCCCAAUGGAGAUGUUUUAAUAAAUGAAUUAACAUUCGAAGUGAAAUCUGGAAUGAACGUGUUAGUUUGUGGGCCGAAUGGAUGUGGUAAAAGUUCUUUGUUUAGAAUUUUGGGUGAGCUGUGGCCAUUGUUUGGUGGCACUGUUACAAAACCUCCAAGAGGAAAAUUAUUUUACAUUCCGCAGAGACCAUACAUGACAUUAGGUACUCUAAGAGAUCAAAUAACAUAUCCACAAACUCGUGAAGAAAUGUUGCGACGUGGUAAAUCUGAUGAUGAUUUAAGUAAGCAUUUGGAACGUGUGCAAUUGGGAUAUUUACUACAAAGACCAGGCGGUUGGGACGCCAUAGAAGAUUGGAUUGAUGUAUUAUCUGGUGGCGAAAAACAAAGAAUAGCUAUGGCUAGAUUGUUCUACCACAACCCACAGUUUGCAAUUCUUGACGAAUGCACAUCUGCAGUCAGUGUUGAUGUUGAAGGAUCAAUGUACCAAUACUGCAGGGAAGCUGGAAUUACUUUAUUUACAGUUUCCCAUCGUAGAAGUUUAUGGAAGCAUCACAACUACUAUUUACAAAUGGAUGGAAGAGGAUCAUACGAAUUUAAACCCAUAGAGGAGGGAACAGAAGAAUUCGGAUCGUGA